AUGACGUCGCCGCCGAGCCCGGCCGAGUCGAGGCAUGUAGAUCUGGGUAGCCCACCUGACCUCGCCGACUGGGAGGAGGUAAACGGUAGCCCGCGAAGGGACGAGACGAACCAAGCGUGGGAGCGAGAGAUCAAAGACGACGAGUGCAUGCGCGACGCGCCGCCGCCGCCGCCGCGCUCACGGACGAACUCCGUGAGCGACGGCGCCGCGGCGCGCGAGGCCGUGGAGCUCUGCGGCAUCGCCAUGCUCCUACAACACAUCAUGACGAACCCUCCGCCGGGCGCGGAGCCCGCGCACCUGGCCGCGUUCUGGGCCGAGCCCGACGUGCCCGCGCCGGCCGGCGCCGCCCCGUCGCCCGACGUCGGGGAGCUGCACGAUUUCCUGUUUCGCUUAUUCGCGACGUGCUUUUACACGCCCGAGUGCUCGGUGCUGGCGUUCAUGUUCAUUCUUCGCAUGCUGUCGUUCCACCCGCACCUCCGAAUCACGCCGCGGAACUGCAAACGCUUGUUACUGUGCGGCGUCAUGGUCGCCCAGAAGAACCACGACGACGCGCCCCUGAGGAACGUCGACUUCGCGACGGCCUGGGGCCACGUCCUCCCGGGCGAGCGGCCGGUCUCCGCGGAACGCGUCGGCGAGAUGGAGCGGGUCCUCCUCGACGCUUUAGGCUUCGACCUGUACGUCCCGCGGGACCAGUACGAGGCGUGCAUCGCGGAACUCCAUGGCGUCGUGGCGUCGCACGGCGCGGGCGUGCCGGGCCUGCCGGCCAUGCUGCGGCGCCACGCCGAGUUCCUCGCGUCGCCUCCCGUGGUCCUCCCGUGGGCGGCGCCGCCUCCCCGGACGGAGCCGCCGCCGCCGCCGCGGACCCGGCACCGUUCGCUCCCCGUCGAGCGGAGGAAUCCCGUUUCCAGCGAGCACUCCCGGGAUUCGUCUCCGCCCCAAAAUUCGAGCUAA